CUCGGCCUGUUUCCACCAAAACCAGGCGCAGCAGUCUGGCUAUUUAACCGCGGGGUGAGCGGAUUCAUUCCGCACUGAAACUGGGAACGCAGCGCACCAGAUCUCCAGUAAUGCGAUUCCGGAGCAGCUUUCUAAACUCCAGAAGAGCGCUGCUUGAUCCGGAGGAACUUCUCCAAGUCAGCGGCCGCUCCUCGUCUCCACUUCUCACUUGAUGACAAUUGUUGCGGGAUUGCGCCUCUCCUCCUCUGUGCUCCUCCUUGAUUUGCUUUUCUUUGAAAGUUUGAUUAUUGUCUCAUGCCAAAGUAGAGAUGAACAACACCGGGCUCAACCAGACGGAGGGCGGACUGUUCAACAAGACGGAGGAGUUCCUCUGCUGCAACUUCUCCUCCGUGGUGACUGACAACGGCUUUGUGGCCGCGGCUCCAGACGAGAGGAGCCUCUUCAUCAUGAGGGUGGUCCAGAUAGCCGUCAUGUGCGUCCUGUCCCUCACCGUGGUGUUUGGCAUAUUCUUCCUGGGCUGCAACCUCCUCAUAAAGUCCGAGGGGAUGAUAAACUUUCUGGUGACGGACAGAAGACCCUCCAAAGAAACGGAGGCGGUGAUUGUUGGAGCCUACUGAUGGAUGCUGGUGGAUGAGGACGUUAGCAGUCUCGGUGCCGGGACCAGAUGGAGAGGGCGCGACGAGCAACAGCCCUGCGUACAGACAGGGCCCUGUUUUCAUGUUUGUACAGUUUAUAAAAUCCUGAAAGAAGUGGGGGGCCCCCGCCCCUAUGAGAGGAGCCUGGUGGGGAGUGACUGAGGCGCACAGCUGCUCACCUUUAUUCAUGUGGCCUUUUUAAUGCCAACAGUCUCAAAGAGGUAAAGUGCGCUGAGAUCAUCUUUAGUUAAGUGUCCAGUUACGCACCGAUCUUAUUUACUGGUUGUAAAGCAGCAGUCGGAGGGCAGCAGUUUUGCAGUUGCGGUGGGGAAUUAAAUGUUGAAUGUUUUCUCUCUAUUUGGCGAACAAUCGCCAAUAUUCUGUUCAAUAUUAUUUCCUGGAGGCAUAAAAAAAAAAGAAAAAAAUGACCAGCUCGCAGAAAUGAUGACAGUCUGAAUAAAUUCCUUGUGUUAUUAAAACUCUUUUCUUCUUAA